ACAGCUCUCCUCUGCAUCUGAGCAUUGCUCUCGUUUCAGAUUAACAACAACAGGUUUGCUGGUUUUAAGACAAGAUCUUUGUCUUCUGAUUUAAAAAUUGCAACUUUAACUUUAUACGAAUAGCAGCAAGAUGAUUGAUUUGGCUACUUUAUAGUUUAAUGGAAGCAGUUCGUUCAACAACAACCUUAUCUAAUUUUCAUCUACUGAAUAUUUUAGUCCUGCGUUCUCUCAAGCCUCUGCAUCGUCUAUCUUUCUCUUUCUCUGCCUCAGCAAUGGAGAGUGAUGCAUCUUGUAGCUUAGUUUUGUGUGGGAAAUCCUCUGUGGAAACUGAGGUAGCAAAGGGUUUGAAGAACAAGAACUCUCUUAAACUCCCAGAUAAUACCAAAGUUUCACUCAUUUUAGAAUCUGAGGCUAAGAAUUUGGUUAAAGAUGAUGAUAAUUCCUUCAAUCUUUCACUCUUUAUGAACUCGAUUAUAACUCAUCGGUUUGGACGGUUUCUCAUUUGGUCUCCGCGUUUGUCUUCCACUCACGAUGUUGUUUCUCAUAACUUCUCUGAGCUUCCAGUUGGUUCAGUUUGUGUCACUGAUAUCCAGUUUAAGGGUCGAGGCAGAACAAAGAAUGUAUGGGAAUCUCCAAAGGGUUGUCUUAUGUAUUCUUUUACUCUAGAAAUGGAAGAUGGUCGAGUCGUGCCUUUGAUACAGUAUGUGGUAUCUCUUGCUGUAACUGAGGCAGUGAAAGAUGUUUGUGACAAGAAGGGUUUGCCGUACAUUGAUGUUAAAAUAAAGUGGCCAAAUGAUCUGUACGUGAAUGGUCUUAAGGUUGGAGGCAUUUUGUGUACCUCUACGUAUAGAUCAAAGAAGUUCAAUGUCAGUGUUGGUGUGGGGUUGAAUGUGGACAACGGGCAACCGACCACGUGCUUAAAUGCAGUACUAAAAGGCAUGGCUCCUGAAUCAAACCUACUUAAAAGAGAGGAAAUCCUUGGUGCCUUCUUUCAUAAAUUUGAAAAAUUCUUCGAUCUAUUCAUGGACCAAGGUAAUGUUAGACCAUCUUUGUGAGCAUCUUUGUCACUUUUGAUGUAUCUUGUUGAUUUAAUUAUUUAGAAAUGAUAAAUCUUUAUUAUCUAGUUUUGAUCCCAUAUAAUCAGUCUAUGUCAUCGCACUGCACUUUCCAGGUUUUAAAUCUCUCGAAGAGCUUUACUACAGGACAUGGCUACACAGGUGACUGUUAUGUCUUUGAUUGCAUUUUAUGUCUGUUUGUCAUUGAAUGGUUUCUGUUAUCUGAAUCUUAACUGGUUCUAUUUUUAUGCUUAUCCCAUUGUGAUUAUAACAUGUUUACUUAGCGAAAAUAAUCUUAUUUUUAUGUAAUGUGGUAAUAUACAAUGGUAUCUGGCUGCAAUAAGAAACUAAGAUCUCUUCAAGGUCAAGAAGAAGACACUGUUACUUGCCAAUUACUAAUGUAGCUUUUAUUGAUUCGUGGCUGUAUCAAUUUUUCUUAAUACAUACACAUUGAGGUUUAGAGAUUACAAACAUUACCAUGUACUUACAAAUAUGCAGCGAGCAAAGAGUGAUUGUUGAAGACAAAGUAGAGGACCAAGUUGUUCAAAAUGUUGUGACUAUCCAGGGUUUGACUUCUUCUGGAUAUUUGCUGGCUGUUGGAGAUGACAAUCAAAUGUAUGAGCUUCACCCUGAUGGCAAUAGUUUUGACUUUUUCAAAGGUCUGGUUCGAAGAAAAAUAUGAUCCAAAGAUUUUCUUGCUGGUGAAAGUAGAUGUUGUGCGUUGUUUUAGUACCAUGGACACAACUAUUAUCAGUUCCAAUUUUUCAAUGUACUGUGGAUAGUCCUUUAUUCCCCUUGUAUCCAAUUUCUGGUCAUUUUAACCCGAUAAGAGGUUCUUGAGGCUACACGUACAAGAGAUUACUAGAUGGGACAUCUUAAGUUUCAACUUUAUUUUGCUUUACCUCUAUGUAACAACACAGUACUUUGUUGCAUAAUCUCUGACGUGUUAACUCUUGAAGUGAAACAUACGACAUCUGAUUAUCUAAAGAGUUUCGAGA